UUUGGUAUCUGACAAAAAAAAGCCUUGCCCCUACCGGAAGUAGCGUGACGUGGACAAUUGAACAUAUCCGCAAAGCUCCCUAUUGUUUGCAAUGAUGGCCGCCAGAUCUGAGAGCGAUUCUGACCGAGAUAGCGACGAUUUCUCCAUUAAUUUGAGCGAGGAUGAAAGAUUUGUGGAUGAGGAAAGUGCAAGUGAAGGACUAGUGGGGAGUGGAAGCGAUUCAGAUAGGGAAGAAGCUGUGAGAGGGAUAGAGCCAUAUCGCUUUGAACCCGACGCUGAUGAAGACGGUCAGGAGGACGCUGCUGCUAUUGAUGCUGGAGGAGCACACGACAUAGAUCGCCUUGAGAAUACAGAAUGGUGUACAUGUCAAAACUGUGUGAACAUGGAGACAGUGGCUGAGUGUGUCUGCUGUAGUGAAAUAGAGGCAGUGACCAGAACGAUGGAGGAGGAGGGGGUGAAGACGUGCAUCAUAGACCACCAUGGCUUUCCAUCUGUGUGUCUGGAUGAAUGGGUGCUGCAGACAGCGUAUAACGCCUACAAACAGCAAUAUGGCAUGCUGCAGCAACAGCAAAAUGAGCGGAGACGACACACAGCCUAUCGACAGUUUGUCCGCUUCUGCUGGGGAUAUCUGGGAAAGGACAUAAGGGUGGUACUACCAGCUUGUGUAGUACAUAAGAUUAGGACAACAUUCCCAUCGAUGGACUACACGGGGUUCCAAGACGUGCAGUGACUGCAACAGAAUCUACAUGGCCACUGUACUUAAUCAAUAAAAUCAAUCAAUCAAUCAAUCAGUCAAUCAAUCAAUGUUUAUUUAUAUAGCACUAAAUCACAAAUGUCUCAAAGGGCCGCACAAGCCACAACGACAUCCUCGGUACAGAGCCCACACACGGGCAAGGAAAACUCACCCCAGUAGGACGUCGAUGUGAAUGACUAUGAGAAACCUUGGAGAGGACCGCAUAUGUGGGUAACCCCCCCCCUCUAGGGGAGACCGAAAGCAAUGGAUGUCGAGUGGGUCUAACAUAUUAGUGAGGGUCCAGUGGAGCCAGCAGGAGGCCACCCCGAGCGGAGACGGGUCAGCAGCGCAGAUGUCCCCAACCGAUGCACAGGCGAGCGGUAUACCCCGGGUCCCAACUCUGGACAGCCAGCACUUUAUCCAUGGUCACCGGAAUAACCCCUCCACGUGGGGGGGGGGGGGCAGAGGAGAAAAGAAAAGAAACGGCAGAUCAACUGGUCUAAAAAGGGGGUCUAUUUAAAGGCUAGAGUAUACAAAUGAGUUUUAAGAUGGGACUUAAAUGCUUCUACUGAGGUAGCAUCUCUAACUGUUACCGGGAGGGCAUUUCACACUUACCGAAGCGACUCCUGUGCUUGGCGAUGGCUUCCUCCUUGUCUGGCUUCUCCAGUUCAUCGCAGAGGAAGGGAGGCACAUCCACAGUGACGCUGAGUGGUGUUCUCUCGUCAGGGGUCUGUCUGCAGCCAGCAACAACCUCCCUGAUCAAGUCAUC